UUUUUUCAAUGCUGCCGAGGUAGUUGCAUUUUUCUGGCGUCGCAGGAUCGAGUUCUGCUCCUUAGAAAGUUACAUAAUGGAGAUGUUGUUUCCCAGUGAUUUCCUCUUGAGUAGAUGAAUGUGCGUUCAGGGAUAAGUGUCCAGUGUCCGUUGAGUUUCGGGUGUGCUACUUUUGCUCCUGGCGAGCUUGUGAAAAUCCUUACGGUCGAGUGAACUUCUGGUGGAUUUAACAAUUGCAAGUGAAGUUUGGUUCGGAUUUUUCAGUGGAGUAUCAGGGAUUUACCUUUGGCAAAGGACAAGAUUCCCGCAGAGCAGGACAUUCGAGGAAAAUUGAAAACCUCUUCCACGUACAGGUCCUGCGGACAGAGCUUGCCUGCAUUGCUAUAAUGCAGCAGAAUUAUCGCCCAUACACUCGUACUUUUAUUGGUGUACGACUCCAGUAAAGGUGCUUUAUGGGGAUUUCUGUGAAGGUGACAACGAAGCGCAAGCCUCAUAGAAAAUUUUCACUUCUCCUCGGUUUCUAUGGAAUCUCCACUUGUGCUUUCUAGUAUAUAUCACACACACAGCACGUACAUCAUGUGGCACGAUUAUGAUAUAUACAUAUUCACUUUAAAUCAGAACGGAAAAAAAAUUUCCUGACCUAUCACUGAAGUGAGCGCAGUGGAGGUGUGAGAGGACGGCUUGAAUGCAGAUAACGCAAAUACGAGUAUCACGCUCUCUACUCACAUAUCCUUUUUCAGUGUCUAAAAAGAGUUUCGUGUGUUUAUCCUCAAAACUAAUUACCGAAAGUGGUGAACGUUUCCUUCCUACGUAUGCAAUUUGCUGAUUGCGCUUAACAUUUCAGUGAAAUUUGGGCUAUGCUUGUGCUGGUGGAGAACGCUUUCCUUUUAAUUAUCUGCGGUGGAAAUAACAACUACAAGUGCGAAUAAUGUCGCUUCUGAAAAGACGCGGAUAUUGUAGUGGUGCGACCAAGAGGAAAAAAUUGAAGAGAUUCAAUGAUCCGUUGUUGUAUCAUCGAAAAUUGACGUAAUGAAUUAAAAAGUUUUUGAGAAUUGUGUGACUUUGAGUGUCGGUGGUGAUUGUGCGGAUUCCCGAGGACAGGAGGCACACGGAAGAAGUGGGACAUCCAUGCUAGCCCGGAACCAGACAAAUAAUCUAACUUUAUCGAAUAAUGAGUCCGAGUUCGCAGUCAGCCGUUAUAAGAUAUUCGGUUCACGAGUAUAGUAGUCAUUUUGUAACUAUCGUAUCUAGCGACUUAUGACCAACUACGAUAAUUAUGCAAGUAUGUAAAAUGUUAGCUUCUAACGUUAUUUUAGGUAGUGCCAAAUUAUACACAAAACAGAAUGUUCAGUAUAGGACUAUAAAGUAUCGUGAGCAAGCGUCGUUGAGCGCUCAUACCAAUCAGUUCUGACUGUGCUUAUUUUGCUUAAGGUAAGAAGGGCGAGCGCCAGGAAAAAGCGGCGAGAGAAGCUGCACUCGGGAACCUCUGAGACCAGCGGCAGCUUCAGCAGUGCCAGGGCUAAUGUGAGAAUAUUGUGAUAAACAAAACAGACGAACUAAACAAAGAGACAAUAAAACAAAAGAAAAUACAGUGUGAUAACAAUAGUGGCCUGGUGGUGAUGGUGGUUGUGGUGAACAACACAAAUUUCAAAUUUUUAUCGAAGCAAAUGCAAUAAUAAGUGCAGCCAGCCAAGAUGACGAUGUGGCAAAGUGGCGGUAUGGGGGGCCACGGUUCCCAGAACAAUCCGUGGAUGAAACUUAUGGGCAUCGUUCAUAAAGAGAGAAGACAUAUCGACAGCACCCAAAGUCAGAGUGGAUCCAACGAAAGGACUCUCAAUCAGCUAAUUGGAUUGCAUCAACCCUCUUUGAAAACAGAUACGCCCAACAUAAUAAACAACUUGGAGAGUUCGUUUGACGAUGUGGGAGAUCAUCCCGUGUUCGCGAAACAGUCAGAUGAACGAAUGGAUAAAGAUAAAUCUUUGCCUAAGCUUAGCAGUCAAGAGGAUGAAGGAGGGGUAACACGAGGUUUUGGUGUAAGUCAUGCACAUUUUGAACCUAUUCCACAUGAUCACGACUUUUGCGAACGAGUAGUAAUAAAUGUAAGCGGACUCAGAUUUGAGACACAAUUACGGACCUUAAAUCAAUUUCCCGAUACGCUAUUAGGAGACCCGUCCAGACGGUUACGUUAUUUUGAUCCACUUAGGAAUGAAUAUUUUUUUGACCGGAAUCGGCCCAGCUUUGAUGCGAUAUUAUAUUAUUAUCAAAGUGGCGGUCGAUUACGGAGGCCUGUCAAUGUACCUUUAGAUGUAUUUAGUGAAGAAAUUAAGUUUUAUGAAUUAGGUGAACGCGCAACAAACAAAUUCAGGGAAGAUGAAGGUUUUAUCAAAGAAGAAGAAAAACCUCUUCCAGAAAAUGAGAACCAGAGGAAAGUGUGGUUGCUGUUUGAAUACCCGGAAAGUUCUCAAGCGGCACGCGUUGUAGCGAUUAUUAGUGUUUUUGUUAUAUUACUUUCAAUUGUUAUAUUUUGUUUAGAGACAUUGCCUGAAUUCAAACACUACAAGGUGUUCAAUACAACAACUAAUGGUACAAAAAUUGAAGAAGACGAGGUUCCUGAUAUUACUGAUCCAUUUUUCCUAAUAGAAACAAUAUGCAUAAUAUGGUUUACAUUUGAAUUAAGUGUCAGGUUCCUUGCAUGUCCAAAUAAAUUUAACUUCUUCAAAGACGUAAUGAAUAUAAUCGAUAUAAUUGCAAUAAUUCCGUAUUUUAUCACAUUGGCAACGGUCGUUGCCGAAGAAGAGGAUACGCUUAAUCUGCCAAAAGCUCCCGUGAGCCCUCAGGACAAGUCUACGAAUCAGGCCAUGUCCUUAGCCAUAUUGAGGGUUAUACGAUUAGUUCGAGUGUUUCGAAUAUUCAAAUUAUCAAGGCACUCGAAAGGGCUGCAAAUUUUAGGACGAACGUUAAAAGCAUCAAUGCGAGAAUUAGGUUUACUUAUAUUUUUCUUAUUCAUAGGUGUGGUGCUGUUCUCGUCAGCUGUGUACUUUGCAGAAGCGGGAAGUGAAAACUCUUUCUUCAAAUCUAUCCCGGAUGCAUUUUGGUGGGCGGUCGUAACGAUGACAACCGUCGGAUAUGGUGAUAUGACACCAGUUGGUGUUUGGGGAAAAAUAGUUGGAUCACUAUGUGCUAUCGCUGGUGUAUUAACAAUCGCUUUGCCAGUGCCCGUUAUCGUCAGUAAUUUCAACUACUUUUAUCAUAGGGAAACCGACCAAGAGGAGAUGCAAAGCCAAAAUUUCAAUCACGUUACAAGUUGUCCAUAUUUGCCAGGUACUUUAGGACAACAUUUAAAAAAGUCAUCGCUAUCUGAAUCUUCAUCGGAUAUUAUGGAUUUGGAUGACGGUGUGUGUUCCAUACCAGGUUUAUUAGACCAAACUUGUCGCCAACCUCCGUUUUUUGGAGUCCACUGUUCGUUUGAGAAACAACAACAUAAUAGCGCUUUAGUUGUUAGUAUAGAAACGGACGUGUGACAACCGGUCAAAAUAUCGCUUAGAUCCAUUUAUUUGCCUUAUGACCUAAUAGGAUAGUGAUAGAAUCAUCAAGUAUUAUGUAAAUAUUGCGACGAUAGGAUCUUCUUCUGCAGCUUGUAUUACUGGGAACUAACAUAUCCGUAUGUAUAUAUAAAUAAAUAGAAGAAAAAAAUUAACGAAAGCUAGUAGGAAUAAUUUAUUAAAUAAAUAAAUAAAUUGUAAAUAAAUAAGUUUAAAAAAUAUCUAAUGCUCAUAAAAAAAUUAAUAAUAAAAUAAAACAAUUUUUACCAUUUAUACGAGAGUGUAUUUGUGCCGCAGGAUUUCUUAUAUUUCAGUUGAAGUAAAUAGUGCUAUUGUUACGGUAGAAACCUUUUAAUUAGGCCCAAAGUAGGUGCUAUCAAUAUUGAAGUACAUUGAACAGAAAACGGGGCUGGCCAAGUAAUAUACUUCUUUGCUGCUGUAAAUAAGGCUUUCCUGUAAAUACCACAUUACCAGUUGAGUAGUAUAGGCAAGUUAACAAACUACUGUAGCUGUACUUAAAAUAAUAUGUAGGCCAUAGUUCGGAUUAAAAAACAAUGCUUUACUAACUACUACAUUAUUCUCUUGACCAAAAAUAUAAGAGUUAAAGCCUUUGGAAGCGUCAGAUACCCAUUUACAAAGGGAAUCAGCAAGGACCUAAAGUAGGAACGAAGAGGCGAACUUUUCAUAAUUUGUUCUUUCUUCUUCACUUUUCGACCGAAAACCGAACUGUAUAUAGAAAAAGAUUUUCCAAGGGGAUUCACAGAUUCAGGUUCACUGAACCCUCUUUAAAGGUAUUUAUGAAUGGAUUUUGGCUUAGGCAAGUGCCGCACGUUGAGAUAGCAUUGGUAGACUUUUGUAAGUGAUCAACUCAACUCUGUAUCGCAUAAAACAUAUUACACUUAAAAUUCCAUAUACAGUGGUUCAAGCUUAUAAUCCGAGUGAUUCAUGUUUUGAACAUGUUUUUUUGUACUAAUUUGUCUUUUUUUUCCAAAAUUUAUAUACAUUUUUUAGAUAACAAACAGACUUUUCAAGAGAAGUAUAUAAAAUAAUGUAUUUUUAUUAAACAUGAUGAUGAUCAUCAUCAACGGCGCAACAACCGGUAUCCGGUCUAGGCCUGCCUUAACA